AUGGUGACAGUGGCGGCUGAGGAAAUCAAAAGCAAAAGCAAAGUCCUGAUGACUCAGGACCUGGAGCCAUGGGAGUUACUCGAGAACCUCGGUAAGGGCGCCUUUAGCCAGGUCUACCGCGCACGAGACCUGGAAGGAGAUGCUGGCGAGGUAGCCGUGAAGGUGGUGCCAAAGUUCAAAAUGAACAACCAGGGGAGGGCAAUGGACAGUGACACUGCAGGCAGCAUUCCGUUGUUUGCAACCUGGAGGCGUGAUAGAUAUUUCCGAUAUGAGCUACCAUCCGCCUGGGCCAAUAGGUCCCGGCAGCGCGUGGAUCGAUUGGUUCCGGAUGCUUGCCGUCCUCACGAAUGCCGCCGGCUUUGGAUAUUGGCAUCUACCGGGGUGAUCGUGCCAACGUGAGCUGAGGCACGUUGGCUACAAAGUCUUGCGCCGGCCUCGGGACCGGUACUUAAUCACUACGGGGAUCUCCGUUUACGGGGGUCGCUGCCUUCUAGUUAGCGUGGUUGAGCAGAUGAAAGGCAUCC